AUGGACCGUAGCUCAGACGGCAUUGCUGCGCUCUCCGUCCAAGACGCCACUGCGAAUUCUCCUCCCUCCGCGACUCCUCCGACUCCCAGCUAUUCGGCCCAUUCGUCUUCGACGCCCCUCGCUGCUUCACCACCCUCCUCAAAACCGCAACAUGUGUCCGCCAUAAUGGAUACGGAUAACGCAGCUGGGGCUGAGGACCGCUCUCGUCGCGCUACCAGUGUCUUGUCUAUGGAUGAUCUCGAGGCCGCCCAAGCCCUUGAAGGACUUCGUACAGAUUUCGGUGCAUCUCCUCGAGCUUCGCAACAGACCAUCGCCUCCCCCGACUCGAAGUCGCAAGAACCGAUCCUCUCACUGUUAACUUCCACCCACCCUCUGAUAUCCUCUGCAAUCAACGGUUCAGUUGCGGCUUAUACAUCCUCCAAAUCGUACUCUCCUCGUUUCAGAUCUGGGGCCGAGUUCAUUGAACGAAACAUUGGCUCGCCCGUAGCCAGCACCGUUCAUACUGUUGGUCGCAAAACGGGCGUGGAAGGCAGCCUGCGCUGGGCGUUACAGAGGCACGCCUCCAACUCGUCAGAGUCGACCCGAUCAAAGCGCCGCAAGGUCAACGGCGACGAUCCUGCUCCUGCCGAUCGCGAUCUAGAAAUAGGCUUGAGCACGAUGGAUGCCAACAAUCCGCCGGAAACCCCAGAUCUCUACCUAAAUGAAUCUCUGCCUCCCUACGAUGACCACAGGUCACCCAAAUAUGAGGAUGUUGAUACAGCGGGCUCGUCCCGUCAGUCUACAUGGCAGAGUCGACUUAUGAUUUCGACUUCUGGACUAGGUGUUGCCAUGAGCGAAGAAUCACUGAAAAGCCUGCAAUACUGCUUAACAUGGCUGAGGUGGGCCAAUGGCAGGCUAGGAAAGUCCAUCGUGGCUCUGCAGGAAUCUCUUCAAGAGUGGGAGUCUCUUUCUCGGAAGAACGGAGAUGCUUCUGCCGAUAGCCAAGCCUCCAACCAGAAUCUGCUGUCACAGCGCAUUCAAGCCCUCAAGCAAGACGUGCUGGCUACAUUAAAGCAGGUGGUAGAUAUUGUCUCCAAGUACGCCGGCGGGGCACUUCCCGAGAAUGCGCGCAAUCUGGUCCGCCGCCACCUUACUUCGCUCCCGCAGCGCUUCCGAAUUGCAUCGACCGCGGUCCCUGCGCCAGACGAGUCCGGCGCGUCAUCCGAGCCCUCCAGCAGUGCACGCCGGAUUCUGGUACUCGCUCAGGAGGGUCUGGAUAUGAUGUCUCAAGUCAGCGGUGUCGUAAAUGAGACUCUUGUCAGUGCUGAGCACUGGUGCGAGCGGCUGGGCCGCAAGCGUCACGAUAGCAAGAACGCUGACGCUAAGAAUCCUGAACCCCAAACUGCGGCGCCGGAGUAUCCCGCCGACAUAAAGCAGCCCGUCUCAGACGCCUCUCAAGAUACCCCUAUGACUGGGCUGGAGCAGACAUAAGCCCCCAGUUGAUUAUGUACUCUUCACCCUUAUACGACGUCACAAAUAUGGCAGACA